ACAGCGUAUUAAAGCAAGCUGUCUGAAUCUGUAGAGUCCACCUCAGUUGGUGAAGUGACCGCUCCGGGUUCUAUCCAGUGCUGUAGGGCUGACUGGGGACUUUUACUUUGAAGGAGCCCAUGCCGCUGUGUGGCCGAGAGAGAGAGAGAGCCUGGUCCAUAUCUGUACGCGGUAAGGUUGGGGAAGCCUCCCUCUGAGCCAGUCUGUGCGUGAGACCGUCGCCGCAGGACAGCUGGACUCCGUUCCUAGCAGAAGUUUGAGUCGUCGUGUUUUUCGCUGCCCAUGGAUCUUCAACGGCGCACGAUCCCUCCCUCAAUCCCUGAGAACGGGGAACCCCAGGUUGAAGCGAAUGGCUUGGAUCUCCUGGAUGGGGCCGAGGUGCCCGUCUCCAAGUCCCAGAGGAGGCGCAGCGACAUCAAGGUUUACAAGGAGUUCUGUGACUUCUACGCACGCUUCAACAUGGCAAAUGCCCUGGCAAAUGCCAUCUGCGAGCGCUGCAAGAGUGGCUUCGCGCCGGCGGAGAAGAUCGUCAACAGCAACGGGGAGUUGUACCACGAGCAGUGCUUUGUGUGUGCCCAGUGCUUCCAGCAGUUCCCCGAGGGACUCUUCUAUGAGUUUGAGGGACGAAAGUACUGUGAGCAUGAUUUCCAAAUGCUGUUUGCUCCUUGCUGUCAUCAGUGUGGGGAAUUCAUCAUUGGCCGCGUCAUCAAGGCCAUGAACAACAGCUGGCAUCCCGACUGCUUCUGCUGUGACAUCUGCCAGGCUGUGCUAGCUGACGUGGGCUUUGUUAAGAACGCGGGCAGACACCUGUGCCGUCCGUGCCACAACCGAGAGAAGGCACGCGGCCUUGGGAAGUACAUUUGCCAGAAGUGCCAUGCCAUUAUCGAUGAGCAGCCGCUCAUCUUCAAGAAUGACCCCUACCAUCCUGACCAUUUCAACUGCACCAACUGCGGAAAGGAGCUGACGGCAGAUGCCCGUGAGCUGAAGGGGGAGCUCUACUGCCUGCCCUGUCAUGACAAAAUGGGUGUGCCCAUCUGCGGGGCUUGUCGCCGGCCAAUCGAAGGGCGUGUGGUUAAUGCCAUGGGCAAGCAGUGGCACGUGGAGCAUUUUGUGUGUGCCAAGUGUGAGAAACCAUUCCUUGGACAUCGCCACUACGAGAGGAAGGGACUGGCUUAUUGCGAAACGCACUACAACCAGCUCUUUGGUGAUGUUUGCUACCACUGCAACCGUGUCAUCGAAGGAGAUGUGGUGUCUGCUCUGAACAAGGCCUGGUGUGUCAACUGCUUUGCAUGUUCCACCUGCAACACAAAGCUGACCCUCAAGAACAAGUUUGUGGAGUUUGACAUGAAACCAGUGUGCAAGAAGUGCUAUGAGAAGUUCCCGCUCGAGCUCAAGAAGAGGCUGAAGAAGUUGGCUGAGACAUUGGGACGCAAAUAAACAACCUGCCGGCCAGCUAUACUGCAUGCACCAAUCAUAUUUAACAGGGUGUUUCUGACCUGCCCAAACCCAGUUUCCAGACAUUGAUACUGUUACACUAUUCUGUUUACACCCCCCCGAACUGUAUUCAAAUUAGUUACCAACAUGCUGGCACUUCUGAGUUAUUUGUCAUCCUAUUACAUAACAUGGACUACUGAGUUGAAAUCUUGGGGGUGCAAUUAAGAAAAAAAGAUUUUUAAAUAGCAGUUAAAUUCAAUGUUAAGAUUGCCAGUUAUUAAAGUUAAAAAUAAUUUCAAUAUUGUACAUUGACCAGUCCUGUAUUUUCUUCCUGAAAGGUCAAUCUUAUGACUUUAAACCAACGAGCAAAGAGAGUUUUCACUUUUCAAUGUAACCUAUGAAUCAUGGAUGAAAUGAUGCCUCAAAUAACUUCUAUUCCAUGUAUACGUACCCUUAAACUACCAUAUUUUGUGCAUGUUUUAUAUGUUUAAACUUUUCCCCUUAUGCUUUUACAUCUAAUAUGCAAACUGAUCAUAAAUGGUGUAUGUUUUGUUUUUUGAACAUUUCAUCGAAAAAGUCUGAUUGCUGAAUAUAUUAAGUAUUAUAUUAAGUAUUAAGUUUUAUUUCACAUAAUGUCCUGUCAGAUGUCAUUACGGUUUUUUUGGCUUGGAUUCUUAAUCUGAAUUACAUUCUCUUUUGGGGAAUAGUCUAAAAAUGAAUGCAUAUCUGGUGCCUUUCAAACACUGAUAUUUAACUCAUGUAUUUACUUUGAAUUCAAGGUUUCUAUCUAUAUGGCCUAUUAUUGUUUAAUCAAAUCUAAUAUAGCAUAUAAAACACAUUUGUACACAUUCCACUGCCAAAUGUUAAGCAUGAAUUUAAGUUAAAAAAAAUUAAUCAUACUUGCAGAAUAAAUCAUACUUACUAUGCCAAUGCAAAGUGUUAAAUAUAUCCUGUUAUUUAACCUGAUGCAUGUUUGCAAGUUUUGUUCAUGACUACACAUUUUUAAUUCUGCACACAAUGAGCAUUAUUCACUAUUUUUGUCUACUGUUAUCUAUCUGUAUUGUUACAAUAAAUAAU